CGCAAUGUGGAGAAGGUGUGGAAAGCCGAGCAGAAGCAUGAGGCCGAGCGGAAGAAGAUCGAGGAGCUGCAGCGGGAGCUGCAGGAGGAGCGAGCCCGCGAGGAGAUGCAGCGCUACGCCGAGGACAUGGGCACUGUCAGGAAGAGAGAAGAGAAGUUGGAGUGGAUGUACCAGGGUCCCGGAGGCAUGGUGAACAGAGAGGAAUACCUCAUGGGCCGCCCUGUGGACAAAUACAUCUUUGAGAAGGCAGAAGACAAGGACGCGGGUUGUUCCAGUGAGACGGGACUUCUCCCGGGCUCCAUUUUUGCCAAGUCUGGUGCCAAUUCCGUCCUGGAUAUGGCAAACAAAAUCCGGGAGGAUCCACUUUUCAUGAUAAGAAAGAGGGAGGAGGAAAAGAAGAGAGAAGUUUUGAAUAAUCCCGUUAAAAUGAAGAAAAUCAAAGAAUUGCUGCAAAACAGUUUAGAUAAAAAGGAGAAAAAGAAGAAGAAAGAGAAGAAGAAGAAGCACAAGAAACAUCGACGUCGGAGCUCUAGCAGCGAAAGCGACAGCAGUGAUGAGGAGCGAAGCAAAAAUAAGUCUCAGAAGAAGAUGAACAGCUCCUCCUGGAAACCUGCUCCUUCCAGAGUCCCCGGCUAUGGCUUACAGGUGAGAGGCUCUGACCAGAGCCACUGGUCUCGGAGCUCCCCGGCUGCCGGCCAGGAGAAGAUCACCCAAAAGCACCGGGAUCGCUCCAGGUCCAGGAGCCAGUCCCGCUCUCCUCAGAGACGCUCUAGCAAGAAGAAUUCGGAACAGCCUGGAUACAGGGAGUCAAGAUCUCCUUCUAGACACAGUAAACAACACAGCGAUCGGGAGGAGAAAGGGAGGGCUAGAAGCCCUUCUCCUAAAAAGAGCUAUCGCCGACAGCACGCGCCGGGUUACACGAGAAAGAUCUCUCCAGAGGAACUGGAGCGUAAACGCCAGGAAAUGAUGGAAAAUGCCAAGUGGCGGGAAGAGGAGAGAGCAAACAACCUCAGGAAACACCGAAAGGAGGAGGAGCUGGAGCGAGAGCUGCAGAAACUCGAUUCCCACGAUGGGAAGUUCUUCAACCGCUUAAAAUUAGAGAGCGCAUCAACUUCCAGCCUAGAAGAUCGGGUGAAACGCAAAAUCCACUCCCUUCAGAGAACUCCUGCUGCCUUGGAAAAAAACUUUAUGCAGAGAUGA